AUGAGCUAUCCAUUCAAGACGCCAUUUUGCAGCGAAGCAGUCAUAUACGACCCUAUGUCAUCGUCCAGGUUGGACGAAUUACUAUCGUGUCAAUGGGACAUCACUGCAUCUACUGGUAUGCUACGCACGAAUGUUGAAGAUACGAUGCGUCGUUGUGUCCCUGGGAAGUUAGGCCUCAUUGUUCAGUUUAAUCCAAAUCAUUUCCAGGGUAAACGACCAGUAGACCCGCAGCUGCUGAAGGUACAUAUGGGGGACACUUUUACCAAUCGCAAUACAUCGGGGUUCAACUUCACCCUAGCCAAGAAAGCAGAGUUUCUGAGUGGACUGCGUUUCGGAACAAUUGAAGACCAGCGGCUUUCUUCUGUCCGAGCGAUUGACAUAAAGACGAAGAAAGUGGAGCAUUUCGUUCUUGUUAAUGUGGCACCGUUGGUUCGGGGCCACGUGUUGUUUUUGCUCGAUAUGGAUCUCGUGCAACCGCAGAAAAUGACGAAAAAGUACAUGCACUACGCUCUUGGUAUCUCCCGAGAGAUGCAGCGCGAGGACUUCGCACUCGGGUUCAACAGUGCUGGAGCUUGGUCGUCUGUAAAUCACUUUCACCUACAUGGGUACUUCUUCCCUCAGCAUGAAGACCUGCGGAGUGUCAACUUUCCCGUUGCGAGCCAAACGAGAGAGGGCUUGUUUCGUGUUGGCGGAGUGCAUGUGAAACACCUUCCGAAUUGGAAAACAACUUGUUACGUCAUUGAGCCGGAGGACGGAGCUAGAGAUGGCGCUGAAGUUGCAGAGAUCGCGUGGACACUGUUAGAGGUUUUGCAGUCUGAAGGUAUACCACACAACCUUCUGGUUGUCGGCAUGGUGGUGUUUGUCUUUCCGCGUCAACUACAGCGCGAAAAUUGUGCUGCCUUCUCUAGCGACAGGGCUUCGUCCGACUCGGACAUAACGAUAGCAUCUAUUAGUCGACUGCGCAUUGCUGUGGCUGAGCUAUCGGGACUUGUUGUCGUCGGAGAUCGCGCAGAUUAUGAAAACCUAACCGAAGAUACUUUUACCACAAUUCUAGUAACUCAAGUGUCGCUCUCAGCGAGCGAAGAAGCUGCGCUCACAGCAACGUGGAAAAAUAGCUUACUGUCGAGAUAUAAAGUGCGUUUUUGCGAUGGAAACGCAGGUGGAUGGAUGUCGAAGAGCAAAUGA